AUGGCUGCAGAUGUCAAUAUCGAUGAUAAUUCUUGUUUACCAGAAAAUGUUUUGGAAUUAGAAGGAUAUGAUUUCUAUCGAUUUACAAAAAGUAUGAGUGGUGCAUUAUUGACAGAAGUACUUAAAAUACAGGAUAUUGAUUCUGUUUUUAUAUUUUUACAAACAAGUGAUAUUUUUGAAAUAUUCCAGCAUGAUUCUACAAUAUUACGAGAUUUGAAAUCAAAAAUAGGUUUCGAUUCAAAUGAUGGUACAUUUCAAGUCAAACUUGGUUUAAAAUUGCAAUACGAAUAUUUAUCAAAAUUAUUGAAAUCAAAAUCAGAUCAGAAAUAUACAAAAUCAUCGUCUCUUACAUUUGAAAAGAUUGAUAUUCUACUUCGGAAACAUCCAAUUCUUCUUUCACUUCUCAAUUUCUAUGAGAAUGAGAGUACAACAAAUGAUCAACAUGAAUUUUUAUCACUAUUUAUAAAUACUAUAACGAAAAAUUUAUCUUUAUCUAAUACGAGUCGAUAUAGAUAUGAUGACAAAUUGAAAAGUUUUGCCGUUUGCUUGUACAUACUUGGAGGAAAGACAACUUAUGAAUUUGUCCGGUUAAAUUUGCCAGGAUCAUUGCCAAAUCUUACAACAAUUCAUAGUUUAAUACAAAAUAAUGAUGAUAAUUUAACAGAAGGUGAAUUUCGAUUCACUAAAAUGGAACAGUAUCUCGAUAUUUUUGGUGUUCAAUAUGCAUAUUGUGCAGAAGAUUGUUUUUCAACUCCUCUAUCUGGUGGUGUACCAUCAUCAUGUCAUUUUAAAACAGAUUCAAUAUCUGAAUUAAAGUUAUGGAUGGAUAAAAAUGAAAAAGCUCCACUAUUGAACAUUCAUUGUGUUCAAGCCAUUCCACCACUAAAUCAAACAGUAGCACCACCAAGUUUUGUUCUCGCUGGCUAUGGCACCAGCAGUAAAUAUACAUCAUUAGAUAUUCUUAAGCGAUGGCUAUUCAUUCACAAGAAUUCUAUUGAACAAAAUGUGCGAAUCCUCGGAUUUUCUACCGAUGCUGAUAAUAAAUAUUUUCGUGCUAUGCGUUUGAUGUCUGGAUUCUAUGCAAGCUUAUCGAAUUUUGAUGUACAUGUUGAUUCUUGUAUGUUUUCAAUUCAAACUGGUAAUUGGCCUUGUGAACCAGAACUUAUUAUGACAACAUCAAUUCAACAACAACGACUUCCUUUAAGACACCAAAUUGUUCAUCAAUGA